UUUUGGCCGGGAAGAAUAAAAAAAUAAUUGCUACGGUGACAGGCGGUGACAUUUAAUGAACUGCAACGAAACCCUAGCCAAAACCCUAGCUCAAUUGCGCGUGAACUGAGAAGCCGGGAAUAUGUACGGAUCCAAUGGAGUUUCCGAUGAUGCAGAGCGAACCGCGUUCAGAAGAGCGGAGAAGAAGUACAAAGUCUAUUACGAUGACUCCAAAUCUUCCAAAAAGUAUCUCACGGUUCUCUUCCUUUUUCUCUUUGAUUGUUGUUGGUUUCUCUUUUGUUACAGUGUGCUCGAAAAUUUCAGGAAAAAGCAGCUUAAACAAGUGGAUUUAUCAGAAGUUGUCGAUUUCAAAGCCAUUCUACGGUCAUUCAAUCAGAGCGGUGAAGUUCCUCCGGGAACUUUUGCGCUUCAAUGCGAUUUUGAUCGUCCAGUUUUCUGUAUCGAAAAUCGGCCCGGGUUUUAUUUCAUUCCUGAUGCAUUGACUGUUGAGGAACAAGGCCGAUGGAUAAGGGAGAGCCUAAUAAGUUUCCCACAGCCUUAUAACAGAACAAAUCACAAUGCAAUUUAUGGGCCUCUAAGGGACUUAUUCAUGGCAGCAAAAGAAAGAAAAAUUUUGGUUGAAGAAGAGGAUUCAAGUGGAGGUUUGGAUUCUCUGUCUAAUUCUUCUAUCACAAACAUGGAUGCUGAGAGAUGGAAAUUUUAUGAGGAAAAUACUGUAUCAUCAAGAGGAAGCACAUGCAAAUCAAUUUCAGCCUCUGUUCUGCUGCGGAAGUUGAGGUGGAGUACCCUUGGGCUGCAAUUUGACUGGUCCAAGCGGAACUACAAUGUCUCCUUACCACAUAACAAGAUCCCUGAUGCACUUUGUGACCUGGCUAAAGAAAUGGCAGCACCUGCGAUGUCAAAGGGGAAAGUAUUCCAGCCAGAAGCUGCAAUAGUGAAUUACUUUGGAUUAGGUGAUAUGCUUGGGGGCCACCUAGAUGACAUGGAAGCAGAUUGGACUAAACCUAUAGUGAGCAUGAGUUUGGGCUGCAAAGCUAUUUUCCUUUUGGGAGGAAAAUCUAGAGAUGAUCCACCAUUAGCAAUGUUCGUUCGAAGUGGUGAUGUUGUACUUAUGGCUGGAGAAGCAAGGGAAUGCUUUCAUGGCGUGCCCCGGAUCUUCACAGACCAAGAAAAUGCUGAAAUCGCCCCACUUGAACUGAUGUUCUCGCAUGAAGACGACGUUUGUUUCUUAGAAUACAUCAGAAGUUCAAGAAUCAACAUCAACAUCAGACAAGUUUUCUGAGCAUAUUUUUGGUAGUCUACUCAUUGAAAUUUUGAAAUUGAUUCUACAUUCCCAAAGAACAAAAAUAAGCAUCAUUUCAACCUGUAACCAUCUUUGUAGUGCAUUAUCUUGGCUUCUGUCCAUCUGUAGUCCUCUUGCCACAAUUUUUUUGAACUCCCUUUCAAAAACCACCAACCGACGCAAAGUCGUAACGAUUGUAGGGAAGCUGAUUGAGUUUGUUUUUUGAGAGCUCUACAUCAUGGUCAGAUGCAGCGGUGGCAGAGCUAGACAGAUGUUGCUCAGUCGAUCUUAUCAGACAGGUUGCUGCCUUUUUUAUCCCCAAAGGCUUCAGCCUUCUCUUCCUCUUCUUAUGUACUCUUCAACAAGACUCUUGCUGGUGGGAGCCCCAACCAUUCUAACCUAUUUGGCAUCUAAAUUGGGGUUUAAUUGUUUGAUUGUUUGAAGCAUGUUGAGGUUUAAAUUGCCUCAAUGCAAGCUGUUAAAAUUUUUCCUAAAUUGAGUAUAGUUGAAGCUGAAUCAGGAUU